AAUCCCCCUCGUGCAGUCAUUCUCGAAGCAGAUGGAUGCUAUAUUGUCGAGGAAAAGAUUCUCAAAAAUCAAGAAAAAGGCUCAGGUGACUGUCUCUGACCUGGAUAUUGAGAGAAUUUCAAUCCCUAUAUCUCGGCCUGAAUUGGAAGGGUCCUUCCCAAGAUCUGAACCAAAGUCAAAUUUUGGAACAAAAUCUGAAAAUUCAUCAACCAUCACUUUAAAUGGCUUAUAUGAGGAUCGUAUAAGUUCAUCAAUCAGCCUGCAUUCAACAAAAGCCUUAUGCCCUCCUGUAACUCUGAAAACAUUAUCAGGAAAAGCAUUCAGCAUCAAAAAAAAACUAGCCGUUAUUUCUAAAGAUGAUUCAAAUUUAGACAAUCUUUCAUGCUCGAGCUCUAAACUCAAACCUGCUAUAAUAUCUGAAUCCCAACCAGGGGACGAAUCAGACAAAAAGAAAAUAAGGGAUUCUGCUAACAGGGAUCGAGUUAACUCGGUGAAGGACUCGAAUUCGUGCUUAAGUUCAAAUCCUACUUCCAGUCAAAGUAGUUGCAGCAGCUCACAGAGGAACAGCUUGGAUGGUUACUCCUCCAUGGCUGCUCAAGUGAAACGGCACACAGGUCACGAUAGUCGGUGGCAGGCGAUCCAGCUCGCUAGUUUGAGAGAUCCGCCGCUUGGGCUUAAUCACUUCAAACUACUCAAACGGUUAGGUUUUGGUGACAUAGGGAGUGUUUAUCUUGUUCAGCUGAAGGGCAGUGAUGCAUAUUUUGCAAUGAAAGUUAUGGACAAGGCUUCCAUUGUUAGUAGAAAUAAGCUGAUCAGAGCACAGACUGAGAGGGAGAUCCUCAGCCUUUUGGAUCAUCCUUUUCUGCCGACUCUUUACUCGCAUUUUGAGACCGAUAAAUUCUACUGCUUGGUGAUGGAGUAUUGCAGUGGAGGCAAUCUCCACUCUCUCAGGCAAAAGCAGCCUCACAAAUAUUUCACUGAGCAAGCAGCAAGAUUCUACGCUUCAGAGGUUUUACUUGCACUUGAGUACCUCCACAUGCUUGGAAUUGUGUACAGAGACUUAAAACCAGAGAAUGUUCUUGUUAGAGAGGAGGGCCACAUUAUGCUCUCCGACUUCGACCUCUCCCUCCAAUGCUCCGUUAGUCCCACUCUCGUCAAAUCUUCAUCCUUGCACUCCGGCAAACUCGAAAGCAUGUUCGACACAGAUAGAGGCGUCCAAGGCUGCAUCCAACCAACCGCCUUGUUCCCGCGUAUAAUCCCCAAAAGGAAUCGAAAGUCGAAAUCGGAUUUCGGCGUUGGCGGCAAGCUCCUGCCCGAAUUGAUCGCAGAACCGACCAAUGCUCGAUCGAUGUCUUUCGUCGGAACCCACGAGUACCUCGCCCCGGAGAUCGUCCGAGGAGAAGGGCAUGGCAGUGCCGUCGACUGGUGGACCUUUGGCAUCUUCAUAUACGAGCUCGUAUAUGGAACCACCCCCUUCAAAGGUUCGGGGAAUCGAGCCACUCUCAUCAAUGUCAUAGGCCAGCCGUUGAGGUUUCCGGAGGAGCCGGUUGUAAGCACCAGCGCACGAGAUCUCAUCAAAAGUCUUCUGGUUAAGGAUCCGCAGAAAAGGAUAGCUUAUCGCAGGGGUGCGACGGAGAUAAAGCAGCAUCAGUUUUUUGAUGGAGUGAAUUGGGCGUUGGUGAGGAGCAUGCCGCCGCCGCAUGUGCCGGAGCCGGUGGACUUUGGCCGAUAUGGAAACAAAGAUGUUACAGACACAAGGAAGCAGGAUGGAGCUGAAAAUGGUAGAGGCAGCAAACAGAUCAACACUUCACAACCUGAUUUUGAGUAUUUUUAGGCUGUGUGUUUUUCAAUGGAAAGUCAUAGAGAGGG